AUGUUCCUCAAUUAUGUCAUUGCCGCCGUCUCCGUGCUCCUCUACUUGCACGGAUUUUUUCCAAUCCCGACCCGGCCCAUUGAAAAGGCGCCCCCCAGCAACAGAACCCAUACUCCAAACGCCAAGAAAUUGGUCUUGGUAGUGAUUGACGCCCUACGUCUCGACUUCAUUUCCGCAACCAAAACGCCAUUCUUAUCAAAAUCAUUAAGAAAUAAUGGCUGUUUUAUUCAUCUCAAAGUUGAAACACCAACUGUUACACUACCACGGAUAAAAGCGCUGACGACAGGAAAUGUGCCGCAAUUUGUCGAUAUUAUCCUGAAUUUGGCCAAUCCGACAAAAGUUGAGGACAGUUUUAUUCAUCGAGCUCAUGCCGCCGGCAAGAAAAUUGUUUUUUAUGGUGAUGAUAUUUGGGUGAAACUUUUUUCUGAUGAGUUUGUCAGGAGUGAAGGCACUUCGUCAUUUUUUGUUAAUGAUUUUACGGAAGUGGAUGAUAAUGUGACGAGAAAUGUUAAACUGGAAGUCAAGAGGAGCGAUUGGGACAUCAUGAUUUUGCACUAUUUAGGUUUGGAUCAUAUAGGCCACGUCUACGGUCCCAAAUCUCCGCUUAUUUUAUCCAAACUCAAAGAAAUGGAUUACGUUAUAGAAGAAAUCUACAAAACCGACGCGAUUUUGAUGGUAACAGGUGAUCACGGAAUGAGAGACAGCGGAGGGCAUGGGGGCUCCACACAUCCUGAAACCAACGUCCCCUUUAUAGUUUUGGGUGUGCCUUGCAUUAAUGACUCUUUUGCCCAAAUUGACAUUCCCGCUAAUUUAGCCAUUUUACAAAAUUUCGAUGUUCCAACCACUAGCAUUGGCCAACUUCACAAAAGUCUGUUGUCUCAUUUGCAACAAUCAGAAUUUUUACAAGCUUUGAGAUACAACACCUUUUUAUUGACAAAUAAGCUGGAUUUGUGCGAAGAAACAAUUCACACUGCAGACCAUCUUUUCGAUCUAUUUCUACUUAAUCAGAAAAAAGAAUUGGCCGAAAGCGCGGCCCAAUUGUACGAAAACUGUGCACGAAAAAUUAGCGAAACGUUACAAAAACUUUCAAUUCAACAAAACGCAGCAUCUCUGAUUGUCGCAACUGCUACAACCGUUGUAAUUUUGUUAAAAGUAAUCCAAAAACUGUUCGGGGUUUCUCCGAAAACUGAUCGCUUCGAACAAUUAACAAUGUUGGCACUGCUAUUUUUACAGUUUGCCCAUUUUCACGUUGCCAUGGAUAUGUUACUUACCGUGACAAUAUUAUUUUUAGUUGUUAGAAAUCUUGCGUGUUUUGAGACAAAACAUUUGCAGUGCGCUAACAAAUCUUUUUUGAUGUUUAUGUCAAUUGUGCAUCCGUUGUCUUUCCUCUCCUCGAGUUACUUGGAAGAAGAGCACCAAUUUUGGUAUUUUUUUACAAACACUUUUAUUUUGUUUAAUAUUUUAACUAAAGGGAAAUACUGGAUUUUGCUUUUUGUAGCACUCAGACUCGUUCGCACACUUAACCAAGUUGGUGAUAAAUGGGCUGCAUUGCCGGAUUUAGCUGACUGGUUGUUACAAAACGAAAAUUAUUUAUAUUUGCAAGUAAUUUUUAUUUCGGGUUUAGCAGCCUCGUACCUUUGUACCAUUAUGUUUGCAAAAACGAAAUUGAGUAAGUUUCUUGAUGCUUUAGUCUUAAUUUUAAUUUAUGUCUUUCGCUCAGUGUUCGUGAAUAUAAUCUUGGGCCAAAUUUUGUGGUUUCUAAUUUUUAUAAAAUUUCUACUUUGUGUAUCAACCAAAGAAAGUUUUGCAUUAGUUUGGUUACUACUUAUUAGUUUGUUACUUAAGCCCUACAAUGUGAUACUUAUUCCAUUGUGUGUAUUAGGUAGUCAACUUUUCCACAAAGCUUUAGAAAAUGAAACGUUAACGAUGGCCCAUUGGUGGUUAGGUAAUUUGUUAUUUUUUGCUCAAGGGCAUGAUAAUAGUUUAGCAAGUGUUGAUAUUUCAAGCGGUUAUAUUGGAUUACACGAGUAUAACCCUUUUUUAGUCUUUCCUCAAGUAUUGUGUCACACAUAUGCCCUCCCAGUAUUAAGCCACUUAUUACUUUUCACAAACAGAAAGGUAAAUGUUUUUAAAAGUCUGUCUAUUUUUAUAUUGUUUAGAUUAUAUAUUGUUGUGCUAGUUUUUAUAGUAACUUUCAUACACAGACACCAUUUGUUUAUUUGGUCAGUUUUUGCCCCAAAAAUGUUUGUUGAGGCAAGCCAUUUUUUCUUUUUAUUUGUUGAAGUAUCUUGCUACUAUUUAAUAGAUUUAAUAAAAAAAAAUUGUUACUGAAAUUGUGUUUUUUUAAUAAAACAUCUGUUACAAAUUUGAAAAUUUGUCUUAUUUUAUUAUAAAUCUAAUCCUCAGAUUAAAGAUCGUUUAAAAAAUUUUGCUAAAAAUAUGGCUGUGUGAAGGGUCAAACUGACCAUUCAUUGUUUUGUCACUGAUAAAGGCACAAGUUUCCAACCAAGUCAAAUCAUAAGCAUUCCCAACCCAAAGUUCAAACAAAGUUAGAUUUACUAAUAUUUUCAGGCAGUAGAAUUAAAUUGGGGAUUUGAUAAGCAAUGAAAUAAGUAUCAAGAACGGUAAGGAGAUUUUACCGAUUGAAGACAAUUGUUUGGAGGAGGAGCAUAGCGACGACUCCAAUUAUUGUCUGAGAUCGGCAAUCUUUAACGUUCGUGAUGCUUUUGGCGUUUUUUGCACGAUUCUUAAAUUCUUAUUAAAUAAUGUCAAAAUAAUUGUCAAGACAACAGGUUAUGGUUACCGGUUGCUAGGUCCAAGGCGUCCACAAAAUUACUUACCGUUACAGUGGCGGCUUCUCAGAGGAAGCAGGGGAGGCUAAGCCCCCUCAAACAUUUUUAACGAAUAACGAAUACAAUAUUUUGUUUAAUAAAAAAAAUAUUUUUUUUAAUUUAAAUCGAAGUCGCGCUGGAAUUGGAUCUCAUGCUUGCUUCGUUUGCGCCAUAGAUUUAUAGCAAGGGGUGUUCACUCUUCAAAAAAAGCCGGGAGUAGUGAUGUUAGUUAGUGGUAACAUCACCGAAGCGCUGACAAGCAAUCAAGAAAGAUAAAAUAUAUUACUGUCUGAAUCAUUAAAAAAAAUUGUUGUUUGCGCAUGUAUCUCCAACGGUUCACAUUUGAGUACUGUCAAAAUGAUGUGUCUCUGGUUGUAAUGGGACACAGGGUCUAAUUUCAAGUUUGGUCGCAAAAUUGCGCGGGUCGUAGUUGCAUAGCAGCAACGAAUGACAUUGCUAGAUUUGCGCCGUUGCUAUGUCAAUCAUGAUUUGCACCGGUCGUAAGUCAACUUGAAAUUAGGCUCACAGAAUCAGACCUUACGACCGGCACAAAUCGGUAUUGUUAUAGCAACGGCGCAAAUCUAGCAAUGUCAUUCGUUGUUAUAGUGGCGGUCAGCUCGAUUUGCAUGUGCGUCAUCAAUUUCAUUUUUUCAUUACCAACACAAAGCUAUAAAAAACUUACCAAAAACAAUGCAAAUUUAAACAGCUAAGGGCUAUCCAAGGGUGGUAUCCUUGAACAUUAAUUUACUUGUGCACUUCGACAACACCGUCAAGUGUCACGAAUUUGUCAACCUGACAUUGACAGUAAAUUAUAGACGUCGUCGCAUGGUUGUCGAAAGUGUUAUCGGUGUUAAUCGCAAGUAUUUUCCGUUCGUUUAUUGUGUUUUGUGAUUUGCGUUUCGUUAGGUUUUUGAUUCUGCGUUUAUUAGUUCUUGUUUUGUGAAUCUGUAUUUUUUUGUAACAACUCAUAAUUUAAACACUUCGUAACCGCAAAAAAUAUUUGAUAGUUUGUCACCGCUAUGCCCUGCUAUGUAAACGUAGUGACAGAAAUGUCAGAUGACGCACACGCAAAUGGAGCUGAGCACUACCAUAAGCUAUGUGCGCUGUACUUUUUACAUUGCGGUAUAUGGUCUCGAAAAAUUCGAGAGCAGGUAGUCGACAUUAUGUUAAUGUAAUUAGUAAGGGUCCAUUCAAAGAUAGGAUUCAUAAGUUUAGUGUGCUAUCUUUUUCAUAACAACAUCUGUCCGUGGAAUUUUAAGUGGCGCUAUUCUGACCUAUCAGGCAUUUUAAGAUAGGGUUAAUAAACUAAAGGGUUUACGCGUUUAUGCUUUGUUAUAAAUCAGUUUCCUGUCACUGCACUUUUCGAAAUUCAUGAAAAAUUCGAGAGCAGAUAUACGACGUUACGUUGAUAAUUAAUAAGGGUCCUAUAUAAAAAUUUCAUUAACACUGUUACUUUGGCUAUGGUGUGUAAGAAUAAUAAUACGUAUGAUGAAAUACUUUUUAGAGUAAUUAAAGAACUGUACGAUGAUAAUGGCGUAUUAUAUGAAAUCAUAUUAAAGCUACCCUUUAAUGUUAAGAGGAAUGUGAAUAAUAAGAUUGUUUAUUAUUAUCAGGGCUCAUAAGAUGUUUAUAAUUGAAUUUAAGAAAUAAAUAAAUGUUUAAACCCAUAUAAUUGAUUUUAUUUUUCUCCAUUCCUUACCUCUAUGAAUUAAAGCUACUAUGUAAAGCUGGCACGUUUAUCAGACAAAUAUGAUGCUCUAUUUAUACGUCGAGUAAAUAUAUUACAUAAGGAACAGCGAAUAAGAGCAAGCGGUUAUAAUUUAAAAUCAAUUUGGGAAUGUCAGUUUCGAAAAUUAUUAAAAGAUAAUACUGAAAUCAAACAAUUUAUAAUAAAUCACCCUAAUUUAAUGCAGGUACCGUCAAAUCCCCGUGAUAGUUUUUUUGAUGGUAGAACUAAUGCCUGUAGCCUACAUUACAAUUGCGCCGAAAAUGAAAAAAUUAUGUAUUUUGACGUCUGUUCAUUGUACCAUUUGUACCCGUUCAUAAACAAAUAUGGUAAGUACCCCGUCGGCCACCCUGUAAGCAUUCUUGUAGGCCAUGGCGAAUGUUCAACAGUAAACAUACAUGAGGUAGAAGGUUUAGUAAAAUGUCGCAUUUUACCACAAAAUUUGUAUCAUCCACUUUUACCUUUGCGCAGUAAUGGUAAAUUAACCUUUCCGUUGUGCCGCGAAUGUGUAGAAACAUUAAAUAAUCGCAAAUGUAAUCAAACGGACGAUGAAAGGCAAUUCACCGGUACAUUUGUCGCAGAUGAAUUACGUAAAAGUUUGGAAUUGGGCUACAAAAUUACUGAAUUACUAGAAAUUUGGAUAUACGAUGUUGAACAGUACAAUAGCUUUUCAAAAACUGGUGGCUUGUUUGCAGGCUAUGUAAACACAUUUUUAAAAAUUAAACAAGGAUGCAGUGGUUGGCCGACGUGGUGCGAUACCGAAACCAAGAAACAGCAGUGCUUUAAUCAGUACUACGAAGAGGAAGGAGUUCAAUUAGAUUCACAGAAAAUUGAGAAAAAUCCUGGAUUAACCACAAUAAUUAAAAAACCACAAUAAUUAAUAAACCCAUUGAUUUAUUCGAACUUAUAACAAACCCUAGUAAGAUUGUGCAUUCUUUAAAUAUUAUUAACACAGAAGUGAUUCUGACCACCUGAGAAAGGGUUGAAGAUGAUGUAAAACCAUCCAAAACCGUUAAUGUAGCAAUUGUUAGUUACACAACUGCUCAGGCGCGAUUGGAGUUGUACAAAUACUUAGAAAGGUUGGGUCGUCGCGUGUCGUAUUAUGAGAAAGGUUGAGUCGUCGCGUGUUGUAUUAUAAUACUGACAGUGUAAUUUUUACCCAUAAAGAGGGUGAAUGGUUACCACCAGUGGGUGAUUAUUUAGGCGACAUGACCGAUGAAAUGUCAGAAUACUGUUCAGGAAGCUACAUUAAGGCUCUAGACCCUCUGGGAGCUGGCGCAUACGUUUUACGUGUAAACGUAAUAGGAAACGUUUUAUAGGAAAUUUAAAAAUACAGACUUGAGAUAUUUUAAAUUUUUGUUAACUGUUCUUAAUUGUUAGAUAUAAAGCAAAAAUUAAAUUGUAAGUAGGCAACCUUUAAUGCAUCCUUCUUCGAAUGCGUAGCUAGCUGGAAGAAGAUUUAUGACGGGUUUAGGACGCACCGCUGGGGGUAACCACCAUUGGGGUUACCCACAAGAUAAUAAUUUUAUUGCAUUUGUUCAAGACAGAGAAAUGUAUCGGCACAAAUAGGAAUUUUAGCGAUUUCUCUAAUAGUGGUAUAAAAUUAAAGCACAUGAUUUCGGAAUUAAUUUUUUUAACAAAAUAAUUAGGUACCUAUAGAUUUGCAUUACGUUUUUUUUGUAGACACUGCUAUCAACGUAUCUUAUGAGAUUUUGAAAUACGAGUAAUCACGCUCGCUAUUUUUUUGAAUACUUUUAACAAUAAAAUUAUUCCUGUUUUAGAAAAAAAUAUAAAAAAGAUGAUUAAAACUUUGGUUGUACUUAGCUUCGUUCUGCACAGGUUUUGUGAUAGAACUACUGAGCUCCCUCACCACGACAAGGUGUCAACCCACUGAGGAAGUAUUUUUUUACUUUUAUUGUUCAAAUUAAAAAUUAUAAUUAUUAUUAAAAUGCUUAUCAUCAUAUUAUGUAUUUAUGUAAAAAUCUCUAAAACUAAACUUGAAAUAUUAUUUACAAAUCCUUUUUUAUUAUGCUGCGUAAUGGUAAAUUGCGACUAUGUCUUGAAUCAAUUAUUUCUGGUAACAUGGCAUUCAUAUAAAAAUUUUCAAGACAAUCUAUCAUUCUUCCGUUCCAAUAUUUACUAUCGUCUUUCUCAAUAAUACAAUAUUUUAAACCUGUAGAGGUGUACACUAUAAAAUAACAAGUUUGGCGAUUAGUAAUGUGGAGCUGACCUUGUACUUGAUACAUGUAAUUAUCUUUUUCUUUUAAAACUAUUUUACUAUCAUCUUGAGAAUCUAUUUCUAAGUAUUUAAUCAAUUUUUGUUCUAUGGCAGUUUUAAUAUUUGUGUUUCUUGCGCUAAAUGUACAUUUAAUUUCAACAAUAGCAUUUGAACCCACUAACCCAUCUGGUGUUGCACCUAAAAAUUUUUUUUCUUUAUCUACAAAAAAGCCGCAUGAAACUACCUUUAUACCUGUGAUCUGUUCAAACUUCUCCUUUGCUUUCUCUUCAUUAUCAAUUCCCCACUGUAGUGGUUCGGGUAAUUUUUUAAAUUUAGAUAAUCCCACACGAUACAAGAUAUCUUUUACAGCAUUCGCUGUAUUGGUCGUACAUUUCAUAUUAAUAAUUCUUCCGAAAUUACUAGCCGUUAAUCUAUUAUUUCUUUCUUUAUCCCACUGCUCAUUAUUACGUUGACCAAUUGUUAACAAAGGAAUUUUUAAAAUAUCGCAAGCAGCCAAAUCAUUCAAGAACUCAUUUUUUAUUUUGUCAUAUGUUUCUGUUGGCAUGUCUAUUAUGUCAUUAGUCGCACCAUAAUCCGAAUCUGCACUUUGAAUACGAAUUUUUCUUUUAUUUAAUUUUGUAGCUUGAAGUUCUUUGGUUUUUAAUAAGCGAUUUGAAAAUUUUGUGGUGUAAAUGCCACUAUUCUUUGAUAUUCUGAAAAAUUUAUUCUUUUACCCCCAACAAGUUUGUUAACUACUGAAUUAAAUGACUCAACAGAAUUAUUAUCGACAUCAUACAAUAGACUUGAAGAUAAAUUUGCAACUCGUUUUAAUGCCUGCAUGAACAACUCAAACAAGUAACUAUUUUUAAAAUCAGAAUAUGCAACUGCAUUUGUUAUUUGACCAACUGUAUUACAAAAAUACGUAGCGCACUUUGAAUGAUUACCAAAAACAUGUGCAGGUCCAUUUAAAAUAUCAUUUUUCAGGUUUUCUGCUUUUUGAUCGAAAGUACAGUACAGACUGGAUCUUACAAUCUCUCGAUACGUUAUUUGUACUAUAAUUAUUACUGGGUAUAGUUACAAUAAAUUUUUACAACAAUGUAUUUUUCAGAAUUUAUUACCUGGAUAAAAUUAUCAGACGAAAAAGCGGGUUUAAAGAAGUUUUCAUCAUUUUAAUGAGAUAUUCCUAGUAACUUUUUUAAAGUUAACUGUUUUCUGAAAGAACAAUAAUGUUUCACCAAUUAAUUUUUUUAUUUUAUAUUUUUUCAAUGCAAGUGAUCCAAUUAGAAAUGCACAUGACACAUAAUAUAGCGAACAGAAUUCGGUUAAUUAAAACAUAAAACCCAAUAAAUAAAUGGUGUAAUGGUGUAUUAUUUUUUACAAAACUAUGCUAGUAUUUUAUUAUUCUUUAGUAUCAAAUUUUUUUAACAAAAUAAAAAACGUAUUUUUCACUGUAUGUUGCUUGAAUCUCUGAAAUAAAAGAAACUAUCGUGGGCGAUAGUGGAAUUCAGUUUGUUUACAUUAUUUGCAUUUUAUGAGAAGGGACAAGACACCCCGAGGCGAAGGUCGGAUGCCUAUCCGAUGAUUGACAGCUGUCACUGAAAACAGGUCUAAAAAAGUAUGCAACUUGUAGUACACCAAUUCUCAACAAUCGCUUCGGUACCCUGAAGCCUUAUUAAAGAGUUCGUCAGCGGUGGUUCUAAAAAUUACUCAUCCGGAUUCUGGAAUCCAGAAUAUCUGGAAUGCACCGGAGAAUCGAGAAGACUAUAUUUGUAAAGUUAAAGGACUAAGUUUACGUUAUAACAAUUUAAAAUUAAUAAAUUUUGAUAAAAUUAAAUCCAUGUUGUUUGAAAAUUGUCCUGAUGACAAAAUUACUUUAUCUGAUUCUCGAUAUGAGGUUAUGUCUAAAGAUACAACAAAACAAUGUAUCCACUAUACUAAACAGAGACGAUUAACAGAUGACACAUUUGAUACACUCCCUUAUGGUUUCAUGGAUACGAUAUUAGAUUAGAAGAUUGUAUGUAUAUAUUUAUUUAUAAAGUCAAGAUUUUAAGUUUACAUUAUAAUACUUAAUAAUUUAAAGUUGAUAAAUUGUGAUAAAAGUAAGUGUUUGAAGAAAAUUGCCUUGAUGAAAAAAUUAGGUACGUUAGCUGAUUGAGUUAUUGUUCGUAUAAUUUGCGAUAUGAGGUUAUAUGUCUAAAGAUUCAACCAGACAAUAUCGUUUCCACUAUUCUAAGUGGAGAAUAUUAACCGAUUAUUUUGAUACACUCCCUUAAGGUUUCAUGGAUACGAUAUGAAAUUAAUAAUUAUAAUUAUUGAAAUUGUGUGUGUAUUUUUUUUAUCAACUAACUGUGUACAUGUAAUUAUGAUUUUUGUUUGCUCUUUGUAUCAUAUAAUAGGUAAUAAUAAUAAUUGUACCUGUAACUGUAUUUACUUAUUAAAUUUUGUCAAACUUUAA